GGCACAUUUUACAGUCGCACCAAAUAAACAUGGCCGCUUCCCCGCCGACAGACGUGUGUUUAGAAAAUACAGAUGAAAAACUGAACUCUAAAAUGGAAACAGACGAGUGCUUGACCGAAGAGAAUGGAGGAGAACCUAAAAAGAAAACACUACACAAAAAUGAGCCAGAAACAGAGGACACUUUUAAAAAACCGGCUCUUUUCGCAGCUCCUUCCUUUACCAGCAAACGCAGUAAUGUCGCUGCUCCGUCCAAACCAGCAGCAGCGGAGACAACACAUGUGAAAGAAAAUAACGAAGAGGAACUUGUAGACAACACUUGUGCGGAUUCUUCGGAUGUUGCAGAUGAAAACAAAACCACCGAAAAAGGCCAAGAAGAGGACAACAAAGGCGGUAACGACAAGAAUGUAGCUCCUGUCAAAAUCAAGCUCGAAGCUAAACCCAGUGUGUUUCCUGUUAAAGUACCCCCAUCUGGUACAUUCCCACCUAUCCCAUAUACAGAGCCGCUUUGGGGUGGCACGGCUCCAGAUAUCCCCUAUGCUCUGGAAAUCCUUAAAAACGGCACCAUAGUGGACACGGUACCCCUCACAGGGAAAAGCUACAUCGUGGUUGGACGUUUACCUGUGUGUGACGUCUCUUUGGAGCAUCCCUCCAUCUCCAGGUACCAUGCAAUCAUCCAGUACCGCAGAGAGACUGGAGAGGGAGAGUCUGUCGGAGAGGAGACGGGGUUUUACAUCCAUGACCUGGGCAGCACACACGGCACUGUGGUGAACAAGAACAAGAUUCCCCCGAAGACCUACAUCAGGCUGCGUGUGGGACAUGUCUUAAAGUUUGGUGGAAGCACAAGGCUUUUUAUCCUGCAGGGUCCAGAGUGUGAUGAGGAACAGGAGUCUGAGCUAACAGUGACAGAGCUGAGGGAGAAGGCCCGAAAACAGAAGGCAGACCUGGAGAAGAGGAUGAUGGGAGACGGGUCCGAUGAUGACGAGAAGGAGGAAGACGGGCAAGACGAAAGCAAGAGGGGCCAGAGCAAAAUGUCAAACGACGACUCGGGCUGUUCGUGGGGAAUGGGUGAGGAGGCUGCUCCAGAGGAAGACGAGAACGAGGAAAACCCUUUUUCAACAGAGUUCCAGGAGGACCAGGAAGCUGCCUACCUGAAAGACCCAAAGAAGGCUUUGCAGGGCUUCUAUGACAGGGAAGGAGAGGAGCUGGAGUUUGAGUUUGAAGACCAAAGCCAUGGCAGCUGGCUCUGCAGGAUAAAGCUCCCGGUGGACGAUGCACUGGGCCGGCAGCUGGUUGCUGAGGUGACCCACACGGGGAAGAAGAAGGAAGCAGCCAUCCAGUGCUGCCUGGACGCUUGUCGAAUGCUGGAAGCCAGAGGACUGCUCCGCCAGGAAGCAGUGUCCCGUAAGCGCAAGAAGAAGAACUGGGAAGAUGAGGACUACUACGACAGUGACGACGACAACUUCCUGGAUCGAACUGGCACUGUGGAGAAGAAGAGGCAUGGGAGAAUGAAAAAGGCGGGAAAGGUUGAGGAGCGGCCUGAGACCUAUGAGACUCUGGUGUCCAAACUGUCAGAGGUGGAGAGGGAGCUGGCAGAGGCUCAGAAAAAGCUCAGUAGUGGUAAAGGAGACUCCUCCGGCUCUUCCACUGAAGACCCGCUCGAUGCCUUCAUGACGACAGUGCGAAGAGAGGCGGCGAUGGACGCCGUGGAGCGCAGGAAGCUUCAUGUGCACGUAGCCGACUUACGCAAAGAUGCUCAGAGGCUCCGCAAACUGGUGGAACUCGCGCGGCCCGCCCAGAUGCCCUCACUACUGCCGGGUGGUAGCUCAGAGCCAGAGAAGCCUAAAAAGACCUUACCGCUGUUCGGGGCCAUGAAGGGAGGAAGCAAAUUCAAACUUAAGACUGGCACCAUAGGGAAGUUGCCUCUGAAGCGCCCCGACCUGCCCAAAGAGCUCUUCAACAUGAAAGAACUUCCACCCAGUGGAGAAGAGGAAGAGGAGGAGGGAGAAGGAGAUGAACACGAGGAUAAUGAUGAUAAAGAGGGUGAAACUAUUACUGAGACUAAUGUUGACUCUGAAGAGUCCGCGGCAUCCGUGUCUCAAGAGAGGCAGCAAAAACGCAAGUCCCACGAGCCAAAAGAAGCAGGAGGCGACAGGGAGCCAGCAGCAGAGCCCGGCCCCAGAAAGAAUGUGAAGAAGAAGACAGUGAUGGGCCCCAGCUUGCCACCAAAGCAGCUCUCAGAACAGUAUCCAGAGGACGACCCUGAUUAUUGUGUGUGGGUGCCUCCUACAGAUCAGACUGGAGAUGGCCGCACACACCUAAACGACAAGUUCGGCUACUGAGGGAAAACAGAAGAGAGAGAGAGCUCUUGUGUCUCCACUCCAGCAGCUUUUAUACUGCAGAUAAUGCCUGCGAUACAAAGCCUCCAGUCUCCUUAGCUCUGACCAUUAGCCCUCUCUACACGUCCCAGUCCCCCGUGUGGGGUUCAGCUCAGAAGAGCCUCUAACAGACCUGCAAGGGGCUUGCAGAGGGACAUGCAAAGAUAAUAAUGCUGCAUCUUUUCAUUAUCUUUUGGGGAUAUUUGCAUGCUCAGACUGCCAUAAACAAAAACAAAGCACACCAAUCCAAUUCACAUUAAACUGGCAAGCUGGGUGAGCAGACACUGGGCAGUCAGCCUUCUGGCACUUCUCACCCACGACAAUAAUAGAGAUGGGAAGCACUUGCAUUUCUUAUUUGAAUUCUAUAUCAUCCAAGCUGAAAAUGAGAAAUCGCCAGAGCAGGAGCGCUAACUGAUCUGAAUUCAGCUUUCCGGUUCUUUGGCUGCUCCUCUUGCAGUUAAAUCCACCUGACAUCCAAUCUGUAUCCCUGCCGUAUUUGGCUUCAGUCGAUCGCUGGCAUUACAUUUUUUUCCCUUUUCUAAAGGAGAGUGUGUAGCAGGGAGGGAGAAAGAGGGAGAGCAUUGAAGCAGCUUUUCUGACCAUCUGGACACUUGGAUGGCUUACUGGAUGAAACGCAAGCUGAUAAUGACUCAAGCUAAGUGGAGUGUGUGUCUACGUCUACACCGACACACACACACACACAGCCCCAACCUUCUCAAAGUUCUCUUUUUAACAAGAUUGUCUUUAUGAGUGAGUCAGCUAUUGGUGUGUUUGCCUAGAGCAGGAUUCCUCGCUCUGUGAAAUCCCACUCAGUGCUGUUCUGUUGGAUUACUGCCAUACUCUCCACCCUCUUUCCUGUCUUUUUUUUUUUUUGUCAAAACACAAAGUAAGGAAGCUGUAUUUUGUUAUAUAAAUGUUAAAUAAAAUUGUCUGUACAUAA